CUUACCUGUCGCCAGACGUGUUUUUCCCAAAGGAAAACCCGCGUGCUCCAUCUCGCUCCCUCUGCGUAUGUGUGUGUGAGUGAGUGCCUUGCCAAGAGUGAAUGUGUGUGCGAGUGUAUAUUCAAUUAAUUACAAAGGCAAAAGAAGCAGCUAUGUGAAUUGAAUGAAAGAAAGCCAGUUAAAAGUAUGCAAAAAAGUUGCGUGAUACAAAAGGCCAUAUCAAGCAGAAGAAGAAGAAGCGGCAGUGUAAAUGGUGAUUAAUUCACUUUAAGGUGCAAUUAAACAGCAGCAGAAUAAGCAACAACAACAACAGCAGCAACAGAAGCAGCGCAAGGUGCAGACAAGAUUGGAUGAAUCUCUAACGUCAUGGUAUGAAGGAGCCGACGAACACUUUGGAUGAAAUUGUGCCCAGCAGGCUGACGUCAGCCGAACUGAGGGCGAUGGCAUUGAGACAGCAGCAGCAAAUCGACAGCCAGCACCAGCUGCUGGCCACCAAGGAGCAGCGCCUGCGCUUCCUCAAGUCGCAGGAGGUGCGGAGCGCCGUGGCCAGCGCGGAGGGCGAGCGGCUCCGCCGGCUAAGGGAGCGGGUGGAGGCCCAGGAGUCCAAGCUGCGCCGCCUGCGAGCGCUGCGGGGUCAAGUGGAUUUGCAGAAGACCUACAAUGUCACACUGAGCAAUGACUUGGACUCGAUUCGUGCGCUGUUCAGCGAGAAGGAGAAGGAGCUCAGCCUGGCGGUGGCCAAGGUUGAGGCCCUGACCCGACAACUGGAGGACCUGCGACGUGACCGUCGAUGUCCUGUGAAUAUCCUGGCCGCCGCUGGCAACGGUGUUGGCCAGGCACUUCCUCCUCAGGCAUCCCGCGAGCUGGAGAAGCUGCGUCGCGAACUGAUGUACCGCAAUCAGUUGUCCCUGCAGCAGGAUGCACGGCUGCACAUGCAACGCGAAGCACUGCAGCAGCGGCAGGCGGAGCUCCGGUCGGUGGACCAGCGUAUCUACGAGCUACAGACACGCCUGCAGCGCAAAAAGCAGGCCAACACCCACCAUCAGCAGCAGCAACAGCAACAGCAGCAACAACAGUUGCAUGUUCAGUCUGCUCAAUUGCUGGCGGCAGCAGCAGCAGCAAAUGCCCAGCAGCAACAGCAACAGCAACAGCAGCAGAACUUGGCCUACCAGCAACCUGCAGGCAAUCUGGCCAAACACGGCGGAGUUGCUGCCCUCAAGCAGCAACUUUUGCAGAAGCAGGUCAAUCAACUGGCAGCUGCUGCCGCCGCCGCUGCCGCUGGACGAGCCCGCGGCAACGUUGCCGCCGUGGAGCCUUUUAUCCACACGCCCCAGAAGUCCACCAUCACGAGCACGGCCAGCUAUUUAAGUGGUGGGAUGAAGCAUGCAGCGGCCACGGCCAAUACGAACCAGCAGAACCAGCUCAUCCAGGACUUGACCCACGUCAAGCUGGGGCAAAACAGUGGCUUCUUUGCCGGAUCCGUGCCCGUCCCCGUGGCCAGUUCGAGUAGCGAAAGCGAUGAGUCCAAGUUGGCCAAGAAGCUGCUGGCGGCGCCUGCCAAAACGGAGGCGGAGUUGCGCAAGCAGGCGCAAACGGAGGCCAUGGAUAGUACCACACAUAUCUACGCGGAAGUGGGACCCAAGAAGCGAGAUCGAGAGGCAGCAGCGGCGGCGGCAGCUCAGGCAGCAGCAGAAGCAGCAACUGCAGCAUCCACAGCCCCGGGAGCAACAUCUCCACCCGCCACUGUGAAUGUCAGUAAAAUCCCCAAGAGCAUUUCCUCGAGCAACGCCAGCAGUUCCGCCUCCGCCCUGAUUAGCAAACUCAACCAGCAGGCAACGACGAAGGAGAGCCAGGAGCAGCAGCAGUCGCAAAUCAAAAAGAACGAGAUUUCGGUGACCAGUGAAACGCUAUCCGAACGCAACACCCAGCAGCAACUCACCGUGCACAGCAUGCCCCUGGGGGCGAUAAGCAAAUCGGUGGCCCUCGCCGUGUCCAAUGCCUCCAAGCCGCUCCAGGUGCAGGUGAGCAAUCUGGCGGUGCCGCCGCGCAAGCCCAUCAGCAGUGUGGCGCCCACUUCGGUGACCAGCGGCAGCUCCAUACCCAAAAUGAUCACCUACAGCCCGAAGGUGAAUCGCGUGGCGCCCAAUGUGGUAAUGGCGGAUCCCCGUCCGGCCCUGCCGCCCAAGCCCAGCAAGAUGUCGCCCACAGAGCAGCCAUCGCCCGUCGAGGCCAGCACGUCAGCAUCCACGGGAGCGCCAGCCUCAGCUGCCAAUAAGACGCAGGCGGCGACCUUCGGACUGCAAUCCCUGAACAUCAACGACAACUUGCCCAUCAAGGCCAAGCCACUGACCAUCCGCAAGCAGCCCCUGUUCGAGCAGCCGCGCCUGAAGUCCAGCCAGUCCAGCAACAAUGGCCAGCAGAAGGCGCCCCUCUUGCAGCUGCAAAAUCAACGGAAGUCGGAGUCGACAGUUAGACAGCCAACGGAGGCCUUGAAAUCCUCGCCGGACACCUCGCCCCAGCACUCGCCGAGCAGUGAGUCCAGCGCGGACGAAACAGAUCGCAUGGUGGCCACCUCCGCCAACCACACCACCACCAGUCAGCAGGAGACGUCAACAUCCACGUCAGCCACUGCGACAGCCACGACAACCAGCAACAUCAAGGAGCGAACGGGUGGAAAGCCAAAGCUAGCGAGAAGAGUGAGCUUCGAUCCUUUGGCCCUCCUGCUGGACGCAAGUCUCGAAGGAGAACUGGAGCUGGUCAAGAAGACGGCCAUGCAAGUGGCCAAUCCCAGUGCGGCCAACGACGAAGGAAUUACGGCGCUCCACAAUGCCAUCUGUGCCGGGCACUUUGACAUUGUCAAAUUCCUGGUCGAGUUCGGUUGCGAUGUGAACGCCCAGGACUCGGAUGGCUGGACGCCACUGCAUUGCGCCGCCAGCUGCAACAAUCUGUCCAUGGUCAAGUUCCUGGUGGAGAGCGGCGCCUGCCUGUUUGCCUCCACGCUGUCGGAUCACGAGACGCCGGCGGAGAAGUGCGAGGAGGAUGAGGAGGGCUUCGACGGCUGCUCCGAGUAUUUGUACAGCAUCCAGGAGAAGCUGGGCAUCCUGCACAAUGGCGACGUAUACGCCGUGUUCUCCUACGAGGCCCAGAACGGCGACGAGCUCUCCUUCCACGUGAACGAACCGCUGAUCGUGCUGCGCAAGGGCGACGAUGCCGAGAACGAGUGGUGGUGGGCACGGAACGCCGGUGGCGAGGAGGGAUACGUGCCCCGCAACCUCCUGGGGCUGUACCCACGUGUGCCGCCGCAUUCGCCGCACUUCAGCGAUUAGCAGUUAAUACGCUUCACCAUACUGAAGCGCAAGGCCGGCCGACUCAUCCAGAAGCGCUACAUAUCCAAGUACAUCUAGGGACUGUAGCCGAUUCUGGGCACGUGCCACCGCAGGAGUCAUCGGGGAAUUAUUUAUCACAGCCCCAUGUUUCUUUCUGUUUACUUUUUGUUUGGGAAAAGCAACACAAAGGACGAGGAACGAGGUGGAGGCCAGCAACGAGAACGAGGCUCCCCAUAUGCUCAACCAUAUGGAAUGGAACCGACUGCAGCAGCAGCUUCCGCCUCAGUCAUUUAUCCCGACGACUGGCCUCAAUUAGCCCAGCUUUCGCACAAAGUUCAGCACACAUAUCACCCACCCACACAACGCACCACGAACACCCCCUGCAUACGUACAACCGCAAAUUGAAUUUCACUUAAGCUCCUUAGCUUUAAGGCCUAGACUAAUAACUCAUAUCAGCCGCCUGCUCGCCACAAAAACUUCACCUUCAAGUUUCUGCAGAAAAAAGUUCAAAUUGGAAAAUGGAAAAUUAGAAAUUCCUGGCUGCCCACACACAGAAUGUUUCAUCUACGGCUAGCUGAAGGAGAUUGUUAAUUGCAUAUAUCAAGUUAGUACUUAAAACUUUAACUGAACUCGAACAAAGUUCACACAAAUCGAAAGAAAACAUUUUAAUAUAGGUAACAAAACUGACACAAGGAGAAUACAUAACGAAUCGAAUGUGAUUUUUGUAUAAAGACGAGAAUAAUUUAAACAAUUUGUAACGAAUAUGGAAAUGUAAAUUACCUAAAGCGGAUUCGUUCACAAGUAAUCGCAUUAUAGGUUAUACUUUCUAAUUUAACUUAAUUUAAUUACACCUAAUGUAUCGAUUGCUUAAUACCUAGCGUUUAAGGACAAACACACAUAAAAAUGCAAAUACGUUUGAAAAAUAAAAAUAAAACGAUUAAGAAAGCUUA